GAUUUCGGGAACAAUAGGAAAAAAAACAAUCUACAUUCAUUGGCUGAACCUGCUUCUGCUGAAGCCACUAAACCACAGCUCAACCUUUCUGUCCGUCAAAGAUGUCUGUGCAUUGUUUCAUCUUGUUGUACAUCUGUAUACAAGGUGUUGAUGCAGAUGAAAUAAAAUCAGUGAUGGAGGGCGACUCUGUUACGCUGUCUACUAAUGUUACUAUAACACAGAGAGACAACCAGUUACUCUGGAGGUUUGGACCUAAUGAUGCUCGCAUUGCUGAAAUUUAUAAACAAAGUCCUCCAAUAUAUGAUGAUAAUAAUGGAACAUUCAAAGAUAAAAUACAACUGGACACUCAUACUGGAUCUCUGACCAUCACAAACGUCAGCUUCACACAGACUGGAGAUUAUAAAUUAUCCAUCAUCAAUAGUAAAGGGAACUUGUACAAGACCUUCAGAGUCUCUGUUUAUCCUCGUCUACCCGUUCCUCUCAUCAGCAUAAACUCAUCACAAUGUUCUUCAUCAUCAUCAAGCUCAAAAUGUGUGUUGUUGUGUUCAGUGUUGAAUGUGAGAGAUGUGAGUCUGUCCUGGUACAAAGGAAACAGUUUAUUGUCCAGCAUCAGUGUGUCUGAUCUCAACAUCAGACUCUCUCUACCUCUGGAGGUUGAAUAUCAGGAUACAAACACAUACAGCUGUGUGGUGAACAAUCCCAACACAAACCAAACUCAACAUCUCAACAUCAAUGAUGUCUGUCAGCAGUGUUCAGGCAUGUUAACAAUUUUAUUAAAGUUGUUUGGGAAGCUCAUAUUGUUCUAGGUGCAUCUAUGGAUUUCUGUUUGACAUUUUCUUUUCUUAUUUCAGACCCUGUCCAGUGCUGUGGUUAUACUGAAUCUGUCAUUCGAUUGGUCAUUUCUGCGCUGGUAGGUGUGGCUACUGUCAUAGUGCUAGUUGAUCACUUCAGAUCCAUCAGAUGUGAACAGAAGAGAAGAGCACAGACAUCACCAUCAUUACCUGAAUGAUGUAAAAUCUGUUCUUACUCAAUGAUUGAGGCUUAAGAGACAUGCAUGCGACAACAAAGACAAUUUAUGCACUUACAGUGUUAUGAGACUACUGACUUUCUUCAAUGACUUUACAUGCUGCUAUUCAUGUAUUGAACAUUUUCAACAGUAAAAUCUUUGCUACAGUAACUGUAGGAGCCAUAAGGGAUUAACCAUUAGGUGGCAGUAUAUUCAAAUGAAUAAGUGCACCUGAAUUAUAGGGACAAGUCUUUCUGUGUACAAAAGAAGCAGUUUUUAACCGUGUUUAAACAUUGUAAACUGGACUGAACAUUCGCUUACUUUCUUGCUCUAUAGCCCUAGACACAUCUGUAUGAUACGCUGACACGCAAGUUGAGGUGAAGCGAGCAAAUUUGAAAUAUUUAUUUUACAUAAGAGAAUAUUAGAACUACCUUAUAUUGGCAUUGUAAGUAAAUGAUUUUUAAAAAAUCUUUAAAGGGGUCAUAGCGUGAAAAUCAGACUUUUUUCAUUUUUAAGUGCUAUAAUUGGGUCCCCAGUGCUUCUAUCAACCUAGAAAAUGUACUCAAGAUUAACCCAGUAACUUUGUUUGGGUAAGCCAUUUUCUGCAAGCGUGUGAAAAAUUAGGUCGUUCAGAUUUUGCCUGUUUUGUGAGGUAGGUAGUAAGGCGAAUUACAAUAAUACCGCCCCCUUUAUCUGCAAUAUCCAACCACAGCACUGCCAUAGUGCAGAGAGAAAGAGAGAAAGGAAAAAGUACUUGACAGCACAAUUGAGUUUCAAUUACAACAAAUCACCAUCAUUGUGAUCAGUGUUUGCACUUCAUCCGCU